UGUAAUUUUUCCAUGUUUUAUUUUUACUCUCUUUCUAUUUUUCUCUCUUCCUGGACAGUCGUCCGAGGGUUAACGGCUGACUUCGUGAAUGCCAGCACUCUCAGAAUAAGCUGGGAUGAGGCCUCCCCUGAUCAAAACGUCACUGGAUAUGACGUCAUUGUCCUCAAGGACAACACGUCAGUGAGUCGGGUGGCAGUUGACAAUAGCACUUCAUCUAUUGUAGUCCUCUCUCUGGACCAAUGCAAUAAUUAUACUGUGGAAGUGGCGGCGAACUCAUCUGUUGGGCCUGGGAACUAUUCUACCUUUGAAUUCGUCACUCGCUGUGUUUCACCAUCCAUUGAGCCUCAGUCACAGACGAUUUACAUUUCGUCCACAAAGCCCGCCUUACUACCGUGUGACCACUCAGGAUUUCCGGCGCCAUCUGUCUACUGGACCGUCACUCACUCCAAUAAAGCAACAAAUAUCACAGAAAGAAACCCGGUAUUGCUAGAAACUCGUAUUGGUGAUGAAAAAACCGAGCAAGUUCUGAAGGUCUUUGAAAACGGAACUCUACACAUUUCUGAGGUUGAUUAUCCGGAUAGUCAGGGACAUUAUCAGUGCACAGCGGUUAAUCGUCUGGGAAUUGCUAAGGGUGACAUCAGCUUGACAGUGGUCGGAGCUUACGAGUCUGUAGAAUUUAAAAUAUCGUUUCCCUGGACCAGAACUCUUGGAGAACAUAACCAGAAUGGAUCUUUUAAUGAUUUCUUUAAGCGGCAAUUAGAAUUUGAGGUAAAAAACUCCUUUGGAGACCUCCAAUAUAGAAACAUUACACAUGGCACAGAAGGAAACGAUUUGACGUUGGACCCAAGUACAAAUCUUGCAACUAUGGACCUUGUGGUGACCGGGGCAACAACUGAUGGAGACGCCUCUGACAAAAUAGAAAAAGGAAUACUGAAGAUGGCGGACUCAAAGGCAAUUGGCUUAAUCUCUCUAAAGAGUGUUGUUAUUUUGGAUGUACCACCCCCUCCACCAACGAAUCUUCAACAUGACGAUAUACAAGCUACGCAUGUCAUUGUCACCUGGGCAUUGCCACAUCACCUUGAAGUGUACGAGGUGAGCGAUUACACCGUGGAAACUAAAGAUGUGCUAGGCAGCAAUGUUGUCUUUCGGACCGAGGUGACCGUGGACGCGCAUGUCACUGGAGUGCGGCUGACAGGGCUUCAGCCCGAUACUCAAUAUCAGGUGCGAGUGGUGGCUCAUCGAAAAGAUUCCCUCAAGACAGGAGAAUCAAAACUGUUGGGAUUGAAAACCAUGAAAGAUCCUAAAGUUCUUCAGAUAAUCCUUGUUCUGGUUCUGCCUAUUGUUUUGGCCGUUGUGAUUGUCGCCGUAAUGAUUUUCAUCAAGUGCCGAACCGAACCGAAUCAUCCUCCGCCUGAAAAAGAUAGGAGAUUAACGAUGGAUGAAUUACAAAGGGGACAACGAAGAACCUAUGGUCCUCCAACGGGUGAUGCGAACAUUUACGAACAUGGAAGCAAUCAGCUUAGAGUAGCUUUGCCACCAACUGAUUUUAAUCGACAGUGGCCAGAAAUCCCCAGGGAUUAUCUCAAAAUUGCUGAGAAGCUUGGUUCUGGCGCUUUCGGUGUCGUCAUGAAAGGAUACCUAAUGCGCAAUGACAAGGUCAUUGAAUGUGCUGUCAAGAUGUUGAAAGAGCACGGCACUGAAAGAGAGCUACGUGACUUGUAUAACGAACUCAACACUAUGGCCUCAAUCGGAAACCAUCCUAACGUUGCUAGCUUGAUUGGUGCUUGCUCAGAAGAUGGUCCUCUUUGGGUUGUGGUCAAAUUUGCUGAGAAUGGGUGCUUGUUAGAUUAUGUCCGCAAGCACACGAAACAGGACUAUGGGAAUGCGGAUUACGUAAACACGAGUAACGUAGAAAACGAGUCGAAAGGAAUAACCCAAGUUGAAAAACUACGAUUGGCGUACGGCAUCGCGAAAGGAAUGGAUCAUCUAGCAAAAAUGAAGUGCGUUCAUCGUGAUUUGGCCUGCAGGAACGUUUUGCUGGGGAAAACCAACAUUCCGAUGGUGGCAGACUUUGGACUUGCACGUGAUAUCUACGAAAGCGGCAUGUAUGAAACUACUUCCGGGGGUAAGCUGCCGGUCAGGUGGAUGGCUCUGGAAUCAUUGGAAGAUUACUCCUAUACCUCGGAAAGUGACGUUUGGUCAUAUGGCGUUGUUUUGUGGGAGAUAGAAACCGGAGGGCAAGUACCAUAUGCUGCUCUGGGAGGACAGGAAGUGGUUAAGACAUUAAAAAAUGGCGAACGAUUACAGAAGCCAGAAGGAUGCAGCGAUGAAAAGUGCGUUAAGAAUUUUUUGUUUUAUCCUGACUGUCUUUUACGUACCUUUUUCCAAUUCUAGCUGACUUAGAGUGCCUGCCUCCUCUCUGAUGUUCAAAUAGGUACCAGGAAAUUUAAUGCCGGGGUUAACCCUACGUUGUAUUGGUAUCCCAUUCGAAGGAAAGCAGUGGGGGAGAAAUACUCCUAGUCACUUUAUGGUACAACAACAACAACAAACAACAAAA